AACAGAUUUUGGCGCUGAAAAUUCUAAACCGCUGACAUUUGUGCACACUCUUCAUCGAUUCAGACGUAAUUUUUUUGUUGUUGAAUUUUUCGAAAUAUUUUGGUAAAAAAAAUGGCUUUGUGGGUUGAUAAGCACCGGCCACGAACACUUGACACCUUGGAUUAUCACAAGGAUCAGGCACAACAGUUGAAGAAUUUAGCACAGCAAAGCGAUUUUCCACAUUUGAUGUUCUUCGGUCCAAGCGGUGCUGGCAAAAAAACUCGCAUCUUGUGCUUGUUGCGUGAACUUUACGGCGAAGGUGUUGAGCAUAUCAAAAAUGAAAUAUUUCACUUCACAACGGCAUCGAAUAAGAAAAUGGAAAUUCUCACCAUCGGCAGUAAUUACCAUUUGGAAAUUAAUCCAUCGGAUGCCGGUAUUCAUGAUCGUAUCGUUGUCGUUGAACUCAUCAAACAAAUUGCUCAAACACGCAAUUUGAAUUCCGCUGGCCAACGAGAAUUCAAAGUGAUUGUUCUAUCCGAGGUAGAUUCACUGACAAAGGAUGCUCAACAUGCACUGCGUCGAACGAUGGAAAAGUACAUGAGCACAUGCCGUAUUAUUUUGUGCGUGAAUUCAACGUCACGAGUCAUUCCGGCCAUUCGCAGUCGUUGCUUGGGUAUUCGCGUCUCUGCCCCAACUGUUAAUGACGUUGCUGGUAUUUUAGAGAAAAUCUGUAAGAAAGAAAAUUGUACGAUUCCCCGUGAAUUGGCUGAACGUAUGGCAACUCAAUCCGAUCGAAAUCUCCGCCGUGCCAUUUUAUUGUUGGAAGCGACUCGGGCUCAACAGUAUCCAUUUACGGCCAAUCAGAAGAUCAUGGACCUCGAAUGGCAAAUAUUUUUGCGUGAAACAGCCAAUCAAAUCCUCUCUGAACAAACCCCGGCUAAAUUGGAAAAAGUUCGUGAACGCUUGUACGAGUUACUGGCCCAAGGCAUUCCAGCUGACACCAUCUUCAAAACAUUGGUCGAGAAUUUGGUAAAAAAGUGUGAUAUGACGUUGAAAGCAAAAACGGUCGAGUUUGCAUGCAUCUACGAGCACCGCAUGCAACAAGGUAGCAAACACAUUUUCCACCUGGAAGCAUUCGUCGCAAAUUUCAUGGCGAUUUACAAGAAAUUCAUGAACGAAAUGAUGGCCAUGGAUGAAUUCUAAACACAAUGCAUUUCAUCUCAUUUUUAAGUUAUACCGUUUAUUCAGAAUAAAAUGUAACAAUAUGUCAAUCCAAAAUAAAAUUUACCAAACAUUUGUUAAA